AUGCGGUCGCUCUGGAUAGUUCUGGCCAUAGCAGCGGCAUCUACUGCCGUUCCUUCGUCAUCUUCAUCACCUUCUUCCGCAGUAUCUACAUCCCCGUCCACCUACUGGCUCGCCUCACAAGACCACAAAGGCAAAGCCCGCGGCUAUGCUCCCUAUGCCAACAACGCCGACUACCCCGUCUGGCGCAACGUCCAAGACUACGGUGCCCGUGGCGACGGAACCGGCGAUCAGACCGCUCCUCUACAACACGCCCUCAACGACGACGGCCACGGUGGCAGUCGCAAGGGUCACGGCGUCACACGAUACCCUGCUGAAGUGUAUCUCCCCGGUGGUAUCUAUCAGCUCGGUAGCACGUUGGAGCUGCGCGUGGGUACUAUCAUCACGGGUGAUCCACUCAACCUGCCUGUUCUCAAGGCCGCCGAGGGAUUCAGUGGGGAUGUCCUGGUUAAGGGUUAUGAUGAGGGAAAUGGGAAUCCCGAGACAAGUUUCAUGACUCUUCUGAGGAAUGUGAAGCUAGAUACGACGGCGUUGAAGGCUGAUACUAAGAUCACGGCGUUGCAGUGGGGAGUGGCUCAGGGGGCUGGACUGACGAACGUGAUGAUUGAUAUGCCAGAGCAGUCGACCGGACAUACGGGAAUUAAUCUCAAUGCGGGAUCGACUAUCGCGGUGACUGAUGUCAAAAUCACCGGCGGAGAGAUCGGGAUCAAAAACUCCAACCAGCAAGUCAACUUCAAGAACAUCAGCUUCAAAUCCUGUACGACGGCCUUUGAAGCCGCCGGGGGCCAUACAGCACUUCUGCAAGGAGCCCGAUUCGAUACCUGUGGCGUCGGCAUUGACAUGACCAGUAACGGACUGGGGAGUCUGGUUCUCUUGGACUCGGACUCGAUCAACUCCGGUCCCGUGGUGAAAUUCCACGACUCGUCGCACGACAACGGAAAUCGGAACAGCCAGCUGCUAAUCCAGAAUCUGUCGCACGAUAAUGACAAUGACAUCGUCGUCGACAGUACCGGGCAGACAAGACUCAACGCCACGGACCACGUCGACGCCUGGGUCUGGGGUAACGCCGUCCCAGGGGAGUAUCAAUCCGGCGAGAACUUCCACGCCUCGCGACCGGAUCGGUUGCUCGAUCGUGGGAAGUAUUUUACCAAGAUGCAGCCUACCUAUUCCGAGUACACUGAUGAUCAGAUCGUCAACGUUAAGGACGUCAACGACCACCCUGUCAAGGGCGACGGGUCUACUGAUGAUACCGCCUCCUUGAAUGCUAUUUUAGCUGAUAAUGCCGUCCACGGAAAAAUCACCUACUUCCCGUACGGAGUGUACAUCGUGCACGACACGCUGACCAUUCCGACCGGAUCGCGCAUGGUCGGAGAAGCUUGGGCCGUGAUCGCAGCGGCGGGCGACCUCUUCCGCGACGCGAAGAACCCCAAGACGGUAGUGCAGGUCGGCAAGCCGGGGGAUACCGGGACAAUUGAGAUACAGAAUCUGCGAUUCUCCGUGUCGGAGAUCCUACCGGGAGCGAAGAUCCUCGAGAUCAACGCGGCGGGAAAGUCACCGGGGGAUGUGGGUCUCUGGAAUACGAUGGUGACUGUGGGCGGGACGGCGGAGACGCGCAUAUCGAACGAGUGUACCGAGCAGGAUACGCAGAAAUGCAUGGCGGCGUUCAUGGUUCUGCAUCUGACGGAGAGCUCGUCGGUCUACGUGGAGAAUUUCUGGGGUUGGACAGGGGAUCAUAACCUCGACGGGGGUUCACCGACGACGAUCAUCUCGACUGGACGAGGUAUUCUGGUGGAAGCUACCAAGGGGACGUGGCUGACUGGGACGGGCUCAGAGCAUCACUGGCUGUAUAACUAUAAUUUCCACAGGGCAAGAAAUGUCUACGCGGGGUUACUACAGUCGGAGAGUCCUUAUAUGCAGGGUGACGGGGCGACGAGACUGGCUCCGGCUCCCUGGACGGCGCUGGAUAGCUACGGCGAUCCGGAUUUCUCGUGGUGCGACGAGAACGACGGAGCGUGUCGCAGUGCGCUGGCGACGAAUGUCGACGGGGGUAUGGAUGUGAUGCUGUACAACUCGGCGGCGUGGGCGUUUUUCCACGGCGAGUGGCAUGGGGAUUACGGUCAGCAGUGCGAAGGAACGUGUCAGACGCAUAUGAUGCGGGUGACGAAUGCACCGCAGAACUUCGGAUGGUAUUCGAUCAACACGAGGAAAACCGACGUCAUGAUUCUGGAUGGGGAGACGAAUCCGCGCGAGAUGAAUCAUCCCGGAGGAUGGGAAGCGAUAGUUCAGGUUUAUCGUCAGUUUACAAAGUAG